AUGAGGACCACCAAGCUCACUUUGCUGGCUACUUUGGCCAAGCUGAGUGCUGGCACCUACGUACUCAAAGACGAUUAUCAACCCUCGAACUUCUUCGACAACUUUAAUUUCUUCAACGGGCCUGACCCAAGUAACGGCUAUGUUACUUACCUCGACAAAUCCAACGCAGUGAACAAUGGGCUUGCUUCAAACGAAAACGACUUCGUCUAUCUGGGGGUUGACUCUAAGAAUGUUGCAAAGGGACUUGGCCGUGAGAGCGUCCGUCUGGAGACCAAGAAAACUUAUAAACAUGGUCUGAUUGUGGCCGAUAUCUCCCACAUGCCUGGUGGGAUCUGUGGAACCUGGCCUGCGCUGUGGUCAACCGGGGCUACAUGGCCUGAAGAUGGCGAAUUCGAUAUAAUCGAAGGCGUUAAUUCACAAACAAAGAAUGUGGUUGCAUUGCACACCACGGCAGGAUGCAAAGUAGAGGACAAUUCCAAUUAUAGCGGAGAACUCGUCACCAAAGACUGUGAUAUCAACUCUCCAACUCAGCCGGGCAACCAAGGAUGUUUAUUCAGGGCCCCUAGCUCCAUGUCCUACGGAAAUGCGUUCAACAGUAUUGGAGGAGGUAUAUAUGCGGCUGAGUGGACUACCGAUUCCAUCAGCGUCUGGUUCUUCCCCCGCUACCGAAUUCCCUCGAAUAUCAAUGGUGAACACCCAGAUCCGUCCUCCUGGGCCAGGCCAAUCGCGCAUUUCACGGGAUGCGAAUUUGACAAAUUCUUCCAAGAACAGCGUAUUAUCAUCAAUACCGCCUUUUGUGGUGACUGGGCUAAAAAUACCUGGAGCCAAGAUGCCAAAUGCGCUGCGAAAGCUGACUCCUGCGAAGCCUACGUCCAGAACAACCCUUCCGCGUUCAGCGAAGCCUACUGGUCCAUCAACUACAUGAAAGUUUUCCAGGACGAGGUUGUUGACUACCCAGGCGACUCAACGACUACUACCACUUCAACCACAGCAUCGCAGACGGAUUCAACCGAGCCUACCACUACCACUACCACUACCACUACCUCCACGCAGCCCGCUGACACCGGUGCUACUUACACUGAUUCUUCGCCCUCUACCUCCGCGACUAACGAGUAUCCUACCGGAAGCGCCUCUGUGGAGCCAACUGACAUCGCCUCCUGCACACCACCACCAACGGAGAGCUGCAUAACCUAUACUACUAAAACGACAAUCGCGGUUGUGGUGACCCCAACAGGCUACAAUGAAGCGAUAAUUCCCAUUCCAACAGAAUCAGCCGAGCAUCAGACGGAACCUACUGAAAACCCGACCGAGCCAUCUGAGUAUCCCACAGCGCCAGUCGGGUUUCCCACAGAGCCAAUCGGGUAUCCCACAAAUGAUCAAGAUGUCCCGCUGGAGCGACGACAGCACAUCAAAAAACACAUUGCUGGAACACAUCAUUGA